UUGGUUUAAUGACUGAAGUGACAGGUUGGGCUGUUGACCAGUUGACGACUGCUGCUCCUGUCCUGUCCUGUUGGGUCUAUUCUUAAUACUCGUUUGGUCGGAUCAGAUCGCCAUAGUUGAAGAAGAAGAAGAAGAGCUGCUUCUGCUGGGUUCCGAGGAAAAGAUCGAUAGGAGAGUCAAGCCAUGGCCGACGGAGUUGUCUCGUUCGGAGUUCAAAAGCUGUGGGAUCUGCUGGUUCGGGAAUCCGAACGGUUUUCGGGGAUCCACGAACGAGCUACCGAGUUACGAGAUGAAGUGGGACGGUUGAAGGGCUUUCUUAAAGAUGCAGACGCCAAGAAACACGCAAGCAAAAGGGUGAGGAACUGUUUGGAUGAGAUAAAUGAGAUUGUCUAUGAUGUGGAGGAUGUUAUUGAAGCCUUUCUUCUCAAAGAAGCGUCUGUGGAUGAGAAGGGGAUCGUAGAGCGUCUCACUAAGUUUACUCGCAACCCGAUGAAUCGCAGAAAUGUUGAUUCUCAGAUCAAAUGCAUAACUGCCAGAAUCUCCAGGGUGAUGGAGAGUAUGCAAAGACUUGGCAUCCAAUAUAUCGUCGACAAUGGAACUCCUCCAGAGCCUUUAUCCGAAAGAUUAAGGGACGCUCGACAAACGUUUCCUAACGAAUCCGAAAGUGAUCUUGUGGGGCUGGAGCAUAGCAUCCAAGAACUAAUGGGAAGUUUGGCGGAGAAUGACAAUAUCAGAAUGGUUGCUAUAUGCGGGAUGGGUGGUAUCGGGAAAACCACUCUAGCUAGACAGGUUUUUCACCAUGACACGGUGCGGAGUCGUUUUGACAAGCUUGCGUGGGUGUGUGUUUCAAAACAAUGUAGGCGAAAGUACGUUUGGCAGGAGAUCUUGUUGAAUCUUAGAGCAAAAGAAGAGGAACAGAGAAUCCGGCAAAUGUCAGAAGAGCGACUCCAGGAUGAGCUCUUCGAAAUGCUUGAAACCAGUAAAUGCUUGAUCGUCCUCGACGACAUAUGGAGUAAGGAAGAUUGGGACCUUCUAAAGCCGGCUUUUACACGAAAACCAGGUACUAAGAUCUUACUCACAUCUCGGAAUGAGGACGUUGCUUCAUAUGCAGAUCCGAGAUGUAAAAUUUUUAGACCAAGACGCUUAACUCACGAAGAGAGUCGGGAACUGUUACAGCAUAUCGCAAUUUCCGGAAGAGACGAUAUUGAGUUUGAGAUGGAUGAAGUGGAAGACGAGGUUGGCAAAAUGAUAAAACGCUGCGGAGGAUUACCGUUGGCUGUCAAAACGCUAGGAGGGUUGUUAUCCUCCAAACGCACAUUAUCCGAGUGGAAAAGGGUACAUGAUAGCAUCGGAUCUCAAAUCAUAAGAGGAAUCAGUCCUGACCAAAAAGUGAAUCAAGCGUUCCAAGUGUUGUCUUUGAGCUACGAAGAUUUGUCCGUGCGUCUGAAGCACUGCUUUCUUUACCUCGCCCAUUUUCCGGAAGAUGAAGAGAUACGUACAGAAGUAUUGUUCAAAUAUUGGGUUGCGGAGGGAAUAGUAGAAAUCUCGUCAGAGGGCAAUAGUAGCAUCCUGGAUGCCGCAGAAGGCUACCUCGAGGAGCUUGUGAGGAGGAAUAUGGUCUUAGUCUCUCGUAGAGAUUAUGUGAGCUCAAGAAUCACCAUGAUUCGUGUGCAUGAUGUGAUGCGAGAUGUGUGUUUGUGGAUAGCCAAGGAAGAGAACUUCCUUGAAGUUGUCUCUGCUGAAGCUCUUAUCAAGAAUGGCAAUGCCUCGUCUCAGAUACCCGCAUGUAGGCCUCGCAGGCUUGCCGUACAUUUGGAUAUAGAUGAUGAAGGACCAAUAACAUUUCACCAAAUGCAAAUAAGAAACCCAAAGGUAAGAUCUCUUUUGUGCAUCAAUCAAAGGUACGACACUCAUUGGAAUUCAGCUCUGAGCUUUGGAGGUUUACGGUCGCUCAGGGUGUUAGAUCUUGGUAGAGUUGAAUUUCAAGGAGGGAAGCUACCAAAGAGCAUCGGAAAGCUCAUUCUCUUGCGGUACUUGAGCUUAUAUGAGACUAAUUUGACAGAGGUACCAUCCUCUCUUGGGAAUCUGACAUUGCUGGUCUUUUUGGAAUUGGGGAGUUCAUCCCAAAGAAUUCAUGUGCCCAAUGUUUUGAGGAGGAUGAAGGAUCUGAGUUACCUUAGGUUGCCUACGAAACUCAGUGACGAGACAAAGCUGGAAAUGGAUAGCCUGGUAAAGUUGGAGACCUUGUACAACUUCUCAACGAAGCAUUGCAGAGUGGAGGACCUUCUCCAUAUGACAAACCUUAGACAGUUUCAUAUCAAUGUCCACGGAACAUCGGAUGAAGAUAUGCUGCCGUUAUCUCUCAGAGACAUGCCGAAACUUGUGGAGGACUUUGGGGUGAUACAGCAGGUUGGGAGCCCUGUUAAAGUCGAUGUAGGAGGACUCGUUUCAGGGUUCGCACAUCUCCAGCGGCUACUUUUGAGUUCUAUAAUGAUGGUGAAGUUACCAGACAAACUCCAGUUUGCUCCCAACCUGGCGUCUAUAGUGUUAUGGGGUUGCGAAAUAGAGGAGGACCCGAUACCCUUUCUCGAGAAGAUGCCUAGCUUGAAGGAAGUUGAUUUAAUGUUGAAUAGUUUCGCAUCGAGGAAGAUGGUCUGUUCGAGACACGGGUUCCCUCAACUGCGUUAUCUAAAGAUAUCGUGGCAACAUAACCUAGAAGAGUGGGUUGUGGAAGACGGGUCCAUGCCUCGUCUUCGUCGUCUGCAGAUCCAACGUUGCGCGAAGCUGGAGAGGUUGCCCGAUGGACUGAGAUGCAUCUCCGCUCUGAAGGAACUGGAGAUAGUACUGAUGAAGAAGGAAUUCAAGGAGAGGUUGGUUGAAGGGGGAGAAGAUCAUCACAAGGUCCAUCAUAUCCCUUCCGUCACAUUUCGCCAUUGCGACUAGUAGUGAUAGCCUUUUUGUGCGUUUAU